AUGUCGGUGGACUCCUACUCGACCGUAAGGAUGUGUCCCGACUGCGCGAAGACACGCAUCAAACUGCGGAAGCACAACUCUGAGUUGAAGACAUUUCCUCCGUCAGGGCCCCUGGAGUACAUCGCCAUCGAUAUUCUCGGCGAACUUCCCCGUACACCAAGAGGAAACCGUUACCUCUUGGUGAUGACGGACAGAUACUCCAAGCUGACCAGGAUGGUCCCGCUCAAGAGGAUUACCGCUGAAACGGUUGCGCAAGCGUUCAUUUCCCACUGGGUGUUCGUAUACGGCGCCCCAGUGAAACUUCUCUCCGAUAACGGAGGACAAUUCACAUCGAGGUUUUUCCUCGCAGUGUGCAAGAUACUCUCAAUUGAGAGCGUGUUUACCACGGCGUAUCACCCCCAAACUAAUGGGCAUGUGGAAAGAUUCAACCGUACGUUGGUAUCAACCCUCCGGAACUACCUCGCCGAUAACCAACGAGACUGGGAUCAGUAUACGGACGCCUUGACGUACGGAUACAAUUGUACGGUCAACAGGAUGAUUGGGAUGAAGCCCUUUGACCUGGUAUUAUCCCGGACCCCGAGUCCGUUGGCCCUGCAACAAACGCCGCGGUUGGACCCCACCGCCUCUAGGGCGCAGUUCAAGAUCCGCUACUUAGCGUGGCUUCGCGGCCUGAUGUCGACGGCCAGCAGUAACCUGCGGACCGGACGGGAGCGGUAUAAACAGGAGUUCGAUAAUCGGAUCCGCUACCCCGUACCUGACUACAAGGUGGGGGAUCAAGUACUCGUGAACCGCGAGGCCGCGCUGCGGUCCGAGGAGAGGACCGAAAAGAAUCGGGUGAAUAACAAGCUCGCACCACAAACCGAGGUCCCCUUCCCUGUCUUGCAGGUGGAUGACCAUACCGUCACCAUUCUACGCGGGACGGGACUCAAGGACCGGCUCUCUCGUGACCGAGUCCUCAAAGCGCCCCAGUUGAGGAGCAACGUGUAG